CGCCCCUGACAGCGGCGGCAUCGCAGAGCGCCAGGCACCUGUCCUCGAUCGUUCCACCACCAGCCCACCAUGCUGCUGUCCAGUAUCGCGCUGCUGGCCGGCCUUCUGUCUUCGGCCCAUGCUGCAGAAAUUCCCAGAGUACUCGACUGCGACUUAGAUGGACGAGGAAAAGUGCCUGAAGAGUGCGAGGCGCCCAUUGCACCGGUCGCAGCCGUGGUACCCGGAUCGUCCUACAUCGCGAAGAUAGAAUGCAAGGACUGCCCUUAUGAGGACCCCGAAGAUCACGAGGUUGUAACUGGUGAUCAUGUGCUUCUUCUCAACGUUACCCUCACGCAUGAUAAUCGCACAGUCCUUCUCAACGAUCGCCCGCUAUAUCCCCUACCGACUAUACCUACGCCCUCCACCUUCCUUGUCACGCGAUACCGCCAGAACCUAUCCCAUGCGGAACUUGACUGGGGUCUAAAAUCUGAAGAUCCGUACUGUCGAGAAAGUGAUAAAGGACGAUGGUGCCACGAUGUACCUUUGACACCUGCCCCGCGCAUGUACAUCGAUUACCUAUACAUCACAAACCCGAGCGAUAACCACGAAGGCGACGACGCGGAUGCAGAGUACUGGAGCGUUGCGCUGGACGUGAUUGGGAAGUCGCGCUACCCCAGCGACCCACUCUGGAAGUUUGACAGCCCAGAGCAAAAGAUGCUGUGGAUGCGCGUCAAAGGAACACCUUUGAAGAGAGGCGAUAAAGGUGGGCCAGCCAAGGUCGCUGACCCUUUCGGCCAGUCUACCACAGACGACCAGAUCUACGAGUACCAGAUCGUCGAUGUGCGCCUAGUAGCUCGAGCCUACACCUUUCCUCUCAAGAAAUCUUUGACGAUUUGGGGUACAAUAGGCCACUUCCUCGGCAGCGACGUCUGGGAACUAGAGGGAAGUCGCUUUCUCUACCGCAAAGAAGAAUGGGGUUACUAUGGCAAGAAAGGAACGCUUCGCGACAUGUUUGGCGAAUUCGUUCACUGGGAAUGGUGGGGCUUAUUCUGGGUCAUAUUAAGCAGCGUCAUUGGCGGUUUGCUCACCAUCUUUCUUCUAUGGAAGGUAUACUGGUGGGUCGUUGCACAGCGCGAGCUCAUGAAGUGGGACGGCAUGGAGGAUGUCUGGGAGAACAUGAGGAGGGAGAGAGUAGCUGAAGAAGAAGGUGCACUGCUGAAUGCUCACGGCUCGUACCGCGAUGAUCCGGACGAAGGCAGCUCCUCGAGACCACCGGCGUAUGAAGAUGCGUUGAAGCCAUUGCCGAGCAAACCGCUGCCUGAGAAGCCUUUACCGGAGGUUCCGUUGAUCGACGCUUGAGGAAUUGGAUGUAUGAACGCCAUUUUCUUGAUAUUUACUUACGAAUAUCCCAUCUUUUUACCAUUUACCGUCUUCAUCACUUCUCCCAUCUUUCUAACCUUGUCA